AAGGUCUUAUUUUGAAAGAGGUGACCGGAAAUGUGGACUUCCGGGCGACUUGUCCCCUCUCGCGCUGGUCUGUGAUGUCGGUGCUGCUGUGUCUCGCGGCGUGUGCGCUCUUCUUCUACGUGCUCGUGUACUACGGCGUGUUCAGAGGAGCGCGAUGCGCGGCGUCAGUGACGCUGGAGGGGAGGACGGUCCUCGUGACAGGGGGCAACACUGGCAUUGGCAAGGCCACGGCUCUGGAGCUGGCAAAGAGAGGAGCCAGGGUGAUUCUGGCCUGCCGCAACCAGGAGAAAGCUGAGGCUGCUGCCUUUGACAUCCGCAGAGAGAGCGGGAACAAUCAGGUGGUGUUUAUGCAGUUAGAUCUGGCGAGUCUGAAGUCUGUCCGCAGUUUUGCUAAAACCUUCCUGAAGACUGAACCCAGACUGGACAUCCUUAUCAACAACGCAGGUGUGAUUUGUCAAGGACGCACUGAGGAUGGCUUCGGCCUGGCGUUUGGGGUGAACCACCUUGGUCACUUCCUGCUCACCAACCUCCUCCUGGAGCGACUGCAGCAAUGCGGACCUAGCCGCGUUGUCAAUGUGGCUGCGCUCCUGCACCGCUUUGGAAACAUUGACUUCCCUCUGCUGGCGUCCAAGAAAGAUCUGGUGUCGGGUCAGUCCACCUGGUGCAACAUUCAGGCCUACUGCAGCAGCAAGCUGUGUAAUGUGCUCUUCACCAGAGAGCUGGCCAACAGGCUGGAGGGCACUCGUGUCACCUGCUACAGCCUGCACCCAGGAGUCAUCUACACAGAAAUAUGUCGCAGUCUGAGCCUGUGGCAGCAGCUCCUCAUCGUGCCCUUUGCCAAGCUUUUCUUCAUGGACCCGGAGGGGGGGUCCCAGACCACGCUGCACUGUGCCCUGCAAGAGGGCAUUGAGCCUCUCAGUGGACGCUACUUCUCUAACUGCACACUUCAACAAGUAGGCGCCAGGGGACGAGACGACGCCCUGGCGAAGAAGCUGUGGGAGUUGAGUGAGAGGUUAACGGGUUUAUAACAUUUGACUGGAACCUAAUCCAGAUGCUCCGAAGACUGUAUGGAUAGUCAGCGCUCUACAGACCCCAACAUGUCUUAUUGUUGGGCGCUGUUCCUUUAAGGGCUGGGUUCUUAUAAGGUGGAUCUUUUUUUUGCUGAGUGAGUGGACAUUUUUCUAAAAACAUAUUUACUUCACCUACAUGUAAAAGUAAUGAUUGUUAGAGUUCCAUUGAGAUGGCCUGUCUUAUAGUCUGGAGUUUUAUAAUUAAGUUACAUUCAGAAAUGUCUGGGCUGGACAUCAGCUUCGUUGUCGGUUCACAUGCGACUGUGAGUUACUUCAGUUUCUCUAAUCACAUUAACUGAUGGUUACAUUUAUUUUUACAAACAUUUAAAGCCUAUUAAUUAAUAAAUUAAUAUAUAUAUAUAUGGACCUUAGCCCUGAAAAGAAGUGUGUUCUCGCAGCUAAGCAGGUCUAGAUAAAGGUUGACCAGCUAAAUUCAGUCUAACCCAACUAACAUAAAACUCCACUUUGCAUCCUGAUGAUUAAACUAUACUUAAUUUUAAUGUUCUAGAUCAGAAACUUCCACAAGGAACUCAGCUGUGAGAAUAACUGCAGCUGCUUUUAUCACUGCUGGUUCUCACAGGAAUGGAAUAGCAGUGAAGACAGUUUUUACUGCUGCACAGCAAUUUGAGUUUAUAGUGUUGCACUGAGAACAUUUUGUGAAAUGUAGUGUUCUGAGAACAUGAAUGACCAUGAAUUUACAUGAUGGCAACAUAUCCCUCAAUUAAAUGGCCCUGAAAUUAGCAGAAUGCACAAAAACCCAAAAUAAAUGUAUUUGUUCUGUUCAGACUGGAGCCUGCUUGUUCACCAAUCUGUUGUUUGCUCAGAUAUUUUUUUUUAAGUUGUGGCAAGUUCAGCAUUUUUGGACACAAACCAAUGUGACCAUGUAACUUGACCCUACGUUCAGUGACGUGCAGAUGAAGUGUAUCUCUGCCUCAAGACGGUGCUGACCUGAGUUCAGCUGCUAACCUGAGUCAUGACCCUCCUAAAACACUCACAUUUUAAUCGAUUUGAAAUUGUGAAUGCUCAGUACGUCCACCAGGGGUCAGUAGCGUAGCACAGCUCAAACAACAAGAGGCCACGGCGCCUCAACGUGCGGUGCAUGGACAGCUUGGAGCAAGGUUGUUGAAGACCUUAACCCAGCAGACCUAUGGAUCUGUUCAUUAUGAGCACUGAUUAUUAACAGGUAGGCAUGAAAGCCAGGUCAGUUGGGUGUGUUAAGAGAGGUGCUUUUGUAAUUACUCAGUAGGACAUUCCUCUGUGCAGGCUUCUCCUUUGACCUCAGUGUUGAUGGGGAGAAACACACUUCCACAAUCGAUUCCUAUCUCCUCCUGCAACCAUCCCUCUGUCCGCCUCCUUUGCCAACCUCCACCCCCCCCCCCCCCCCAUCCGCUGUCUCUGCUGCAUGUCGAAGGGACCUGUGGUAAACCUGAGUCGCAGCUUUCAUGACGGCCUCGUCUUCACCACCACACUGCAGCUCAUGUGUUCCAGCUAACGCUGGACUGGCAGUUACAGGCAAGAGGUCGAUAAGUUCAAUAUCAUCAACCCAGACAAGAACACACCCAAGCAGUGGCUGUGAAGCGAAAUCUGUGGAUUGCACUGAAAACACUGGACGGACAGAAGACAUUUACUCUGGAAAUAGAUGUUACAGUUAAGUUUUUUUUAAUGGUCAUUUUUCAAGCAGUGCUCAUCAGACCUUAGAUCGAGAUGAAGAACAAAUCUCAGCACGUAAAACAAAAAAUAAACUCUGCAUGGUCAGAUAUGACU